AUGCCUGAACCAGUGGCUAAAAGAGACAAAGAAAAAGAAAAAGAAAAAGAAAAUGAACAUCAAAAUGGAAACCUCACAGUUGAGGGGUCUGUGGAGAAGAUGUUUGAGGGCAAGGAGAUGCCCAAAUGGACAGAGCAGCUGACCCCAAGGGCCUUAGUUGUUAGCAUUAUCUUAGGGUUCUUUGUUACAUAUAUUUGCAUGAGACUUACCCUACAACAAGGGGAGAGCUUAGUGUUCAACCUUUUCUCCGCACCAAUUGGUUAUUUGGUGAUCAAGGUGUGGACCACCUUCAUGGAAGCCAUCGGCUUUCAUCAGAGACCUUUCACACGCCAGGAGAACACUGUGCUUUAUGCAUCCAUCUUGGCAUGCACCAGUAUUACCUUGAAUGGUGGUUUUGGGAGCUAUUUGUUGGCAAUGAAUCCAUAUAUGGGAAUUACUUACACAGAUCCAGCGGACUCGAAGACACUUGCUCCUAGUUGGAUCAUUGUAUUUCUCUUCGUAACAAGUUUUAUUGGUAUAUUCACCGUCGUUCCCUUAAGCAAGGUAUUGCUACUUCGUCACAAGCUCAAAUAUCCAAGUGGCAUGUCUGCCGGUAAUUUGAUUAAUUGCUUGCAUGCUACCAACGGAACCCCCAUCACAAGGCACCAAAUAAGACUUCUCUUUAAGGCAAUUCUUUGGAGCAUAGCCUGGCACUUAUUUGGUUGGUUCUACACCGCAAGUCCAAUUUGUGGCUUCGAAAACUUCCCUGCCUUCGGUAUGCUUUUGUCUGCCCAAGGGUACCAUUUCAGCUUCAACGCAGGCAGCAUAGGCACAGGAAUGAUCUGCAGUCCAACAGUGGGCUUAUCAAUGCUGGCCGGAGGCAUAAUCUCAUGGGCAUUCUUAUGGCCUUAUGUUGACUCAAAAGAAGGAACAUGGUACGACAAACAACCGUUUAUCUCCUUGACCGGCAGGAGUGGCUAUGUGGUUUCAGUAACCAUAGCCAUAGCACUCGGUGACGGCAUUUUCCAUAUGGGCAUAGUCAUUUUACAAGUCUGCUACGAGAUGUACAUGCGCAAAAAACAAAAGCAUAUUAUUCUCCACUUUGCCAAACGCUCCGGCCCAGAGUUGAGUAGCAUGAGCUAUGAUGAUCGCCGUCGCACCAAUCUCUUUGUUGAAAACAAGGUGCCGACGCGAGUCGCUCUCGGUGGGUAUAUACUAUUUGCAACCAUUUCUGCAAUCAUCAUCCCGGUGUUGUUCCCUUCUCUACACAGUUACCAUAUCGCUGCCGCCUAUGUUUUGGCCCCUUUGCUCUCCUUCUCUAAUGCUUACUGCACCGGCCUGACUGACUGGACACUUAACUCGGCCUUUUCCAAGUUUGCAAUCUUAGUCUUCGGGGCAUGGACAAGUGGUGCACAACCCGGCAGCGUCAUUGCAGCCUUGGCUUCAUCAGGGAUCACCACUGCCGUUGCUAACACUGCAUCAGACCUCAUGGCUGACUUUCGAACAGGCUAUUUGACGAUGACAUCCCCAAGGGCUAUGUUUGUCGCACAAAUCUUCGGCACGGCAAUGGGAUGCAUCAUGGCCCCAAUUUGCUACAUGUUCUUCGCUGCAGCAUCGCCAGGACUCCUCUCUGAUACUGCAGAAUAUCCGGCUGCGUAUGCCUCAACUUACCGUGUCAUGGCUGAGUCCAGUGUCAAAGGAUUCACAAUGCUUCCUAAAAACUCGAUAACUUUAGCAGUAGGUGCAUUUUUCAGCACCAUCGGCAUCAAUAUUCUGAGGGAAGUGGCUAGAAGUAUGAAUUGGCGCGUGUAUCGGUUCAUCCCAAGCUUGAUACCAAUGGCUAUUAGUUUCUUUACUGGCCCUUCCAUUUCCUUUGAUGUUAUACUAGGGAGCUUGGUUGCCUACUUAUGGAGGAGAAAGAACAAGAGGCAUGCAGAGUUGUUCAUGGCCUUUGUUGGGUGUGGGAUGAUCAUUGGGGAAUCUUUCUCACCUGUGAUAGAUAACCUCAUGAGUUACCUUAAUCUAACACCACCUUACUGUAUGAGGUUCUUGGGCAGUGAAACUGCUGAUAAAGUGGCAGGUUUCUUGGCUAUGAUCCCUUGA